CUUUAUAUAAAUAGAAGUUUUCAUAAAAUCAAACAAGAGUUUUCAUCAACUCUACCUUGUAUCUGGCGUGAUGCUUGCAACAAGCUGUUGAUCAUUUUAUUUUUUCCUUAAACAAUGUCUAUCAGCGAGGAAUUCCAAGCUAAUAUUGAAGCCUUACCCAAUAUAAUACAAAGGAAAUAUGCGCUGUUACGAGAUUUGGAUAAGAGCUUGCAAGAAAUUCAGAAGCAAAACGAACAGCACUGUGAACAGGAGAUAGAUGAUAUGAAGCGUGGUAUAAAAUCCGGUAGCAUCAGACCCAAUUCUUCUUUUCUCAAAUUUACAGACGAUGCUGUAGAUGAGCAAAAACAUGCCAUAAGGAUUGCCGAUGAGAAAGUAGAAUUGGCGGUUCAGGCUUAUGACUUGGUAGACACUCACAUUCAACAGCUUGAUCAAUACUUGAAGAAAUUUGAUGAGGAUCUACGGCGUGCCGAAAGGGAUGCCAUAGCUGCAACUCCUCCAACUCAUUAUAUGAAUGUCAAAGCUGGAAGGUCUGGCAAAACUAGCAAUAGAGGGCGUAAGAAGACGUGCGUUGCAGCAGCAAAUGUAUCUGUGGUCUCACCCUCUGGAACUGGUGCAACGACUGCAGCAAAUCCCAGCAUGGAAUUAGAUCUGCCUGUUGACCCAAAUGAGCCCACGUAUUGUUUUUGCAACCAAGUGAGCUAUGGUGAAAUGGUUGCAUGUGACAAUCCCGAUUGCAAGAUAGAAUGGUUCCAUUAUGGCUGUGUUGGGCUUAAAGAACAGCCAAAAGGCAAAUGGUAUUGUUCAGAUUGUGUCGGGAGCCAAAGGCGUAGGAAAGUGAGAUAACGGACUCUGACUUGCUUCCCAAGUAAUACUUCAUAUAUGAAGAGUGAUAUUGCAUUGUCCUCGACUUCAUGCAAUAUAGCACCCAUUGAUAAUGUACUCUCGUUCUGCGUAAACUCUGAUAUUAACGAUGAGAGUGGAGUUAUCAAAGAUUAGAUGUAUUCAUAUUAAUUUAGAUCAAGUUUAAUAGUGUUUGAUUUGA